UUCUUCUUUCGAACCUUAAGCCCUACUUCCCUGCUUUUCGCUUAUCAACCCCCGUACUAAAAAAGAAAAAUUUCCUCGCAAAUUCUGGGAGUUAAGUUUGUCGUAGCUUUUGUAUCUCUAUACUGGAAGAAUGCAACCUUCUUCCAAUUCUUUUCUUCCCUUUCAUCAACAGAAAGCUUCCCAGUCUACUCCUUCAGUAGGGAAUUCAUGCCCUAUGUUACCGAAUUCCAUGCAAGUUCAGCCUCAAAUGGGUAUCAUCAAUCCGCACCUUCCUAUUCCGUUUGCCAAUAGCAGCAAUAUGCCGCCAUUGAUGCCCCAAGCUGGUUUCAUGAAUGCUCCUGCCCAUCCCUUUCACUCUCAAAAUAACAAUCUGGGUACGCCCCAACUCACUCCUGUGGGUGCUGUUUCUCAGCCUGGUUUCGGUGUACCCAUCUUGAAUAACGCUUUAAUGGGUCAGUUGUGCAAUCCAAUGCAGAAUCCAACUCAAGCACAGGGACAAUUAAUUCAUGGGCUGGCGAAUCUGACUCAACAGCUAAAUCAGAUUAUGGCUUUGGCAACUGGUCAACAAUUCUCUAUGCAAAACCAAGUGCAGAAUAUGAACCAAUUUGUGCCAAUGCAAAUGCCAAUUCCUCAAGGAGCCCCUUAUGGUGCCCCAUUGGGUUCUCAGCAGUUGGCAGGCUUUGGUGGUUCCAAUUUUUUUGGGAAUCCACAGUUUGGUGUUGUGAAUUCGAAGCAAACUGAGCAGCAUCUUAACAAAAACUGGGGUAGGCACGGUAUGAAUUCUCCACAAUCACAAGGGAACUCCUUCGGUGAUCUAUCUUCUUCAACUAAGACGCAGCAGAAUCAGAAUUCUCAACAUUCUGGUAUCACGAGUUCGCAGGGCCAACCAAUCAAAGCUGGUCAUAUUAAUAACUUAUGUUCAAAUAGGAAAAAUUUUCAAGGCAAAACGUUCCCUAGAAACCUGAAAAGUCAUAUAUCACAAAAAGGAUUCCAAAAGUCUCAGUUUCAUCAAUCGGGAAAUGGAAAGAGAAAGUUUGGGUCCUCUAAUGAUCAUAAAGGAAAAGGGCCUUGCAAUGAGAGGCCUACUAAACUCCGCCUAUGUGAUUCUGCAAAUGUAGCUAAGGAAAUGAAAAGAUGUCUUGCUUUGCCAUAUACGGGGAAGGAAAUUCAGCAGUGGCGUGAAGAACGUAAGAAGAAUUAUCCAUCGAAAGCCAAUAUUCAGAAGAAGCUCAAUAAGAAACUAGCAGAUUCUGGUGAUAGCGAGGCCAAAAUUCGAAGAGAGCAACUCAAGGAGAUCUUGUCUAAGCAGGCUGAGUUAGGUGUUGAAGUUGCAGAGGUACCGUCACAUUAUUUUUCAGAUUCAGAGAAGCAAGGGGGCAGAGGGAACAAGAAUGGUAGGGCAUUAACUAAGAGGAAAGAAUCAAAAAACAAACAAGAUAUAAGGGGGAGAAAUAACAAAAAUGACAAGUCUGCCAAGCAAGAAAGACUAAGAAAUCCAUCGAACAAUUCUUGUUUAAAUAAGAGAGAGCCCACACUUUUGCAGAAGCUUCUGAGUGCAGACGUAAAAAGAGAGAGAUGCCACUUGUUGCAGGUGUUUAGGUUCGUGGUGAUGAACUCGUUCUUCAAAGAUGGCCCUGACAAGCUUCUUAAAUUUCCUAAAGUUGUAGUUAAAGAAAGUGGUUGUGAGGAGAAAUCAACGUGCACCAUCGGAGAAGACGUUUCUGACAGCAGCAAGAAGAUUGUACUUGAGAAUGUAGUCGAUUCUGAAGAUGUCGGCGUUCAUGACAAAGAUGCUAGCAAUGAUGAAGGUAGUGCUCGAGUUGAACAAGCUGCUGGUCAGUUUGUUAAGAGAGAGGAGCUUAUUGACGAGGAAAUAGGUAGGCCCGGGGGAGAAACAGAAGAGGGAGAAAUCAUUGAUUGAAAUUAUCAAUGAUAAUAUAAUUAUAUGUAUGAUUGAAAAUGUUGAUGGUGGUAUGGUAGUAUUUGUUGACGGAGAGGAAGAUGGUAACAUGUUUUCUGAAUAAUUGGUUGAAUGGAAAAGAGAGAUGUAAAUAUUAUUAGUUGGGGUUCGAACAACAUAGAAAUUGAUAAUCAAGAGUUUUCAAAGAAGGUCUUUUCGUUUGAA